AUGUAUGACGGUCACAACCUGACCUAUUAUAACAUCCAGGCGGGUUCGACCGUUACGCUGGUCCUCCGCCUCAGGACCUUUGACCCCACUGAGGAAACGCCAGCCAAACUGGCCAUAACACCGGCCAAAGCUCUCUAUACGGCAUCGUCGGAUAAACGUUCAACACCAAACGUAAUAAACACAACAGCUCUUUUAAGAGCUACCCAAAUAAGAGCCACCCUCACAGGGUCCUCUUUCCACCUCACGGUCGAAGAGGGAGACACCAUACUGAGGGUCAAAGAGAGGAUCCAGUACCUCAUAGGGAUUCCCCCGAAGCACCAGUGGCUGCUCCUGGGCGACACCGUCCUGGAUGACGGUCACAACCUGACGGUCUACAACAUCCAGGCGGGGUCGAUCAUCAAGCUGGUGCUCCGCCUCAGGACCUUUGACCCGACUGGGGAAACGCCGGCCAAACUGGCCAAAGCACCGGCCAAAGCUCUCCUUACGGCAUAAUCAGUACAACGCCGAACCGAAAAACAACACAACAGCUCUUUUAAGAGCUACCGAAAUAUCAAUUAAGAGAUUUUCCUUCUUUACAGAAUGUCUUAUACUGAAAAAGGCUUUAUUGUGAAUUAACUAUAAUAUUAUAUUUAAUGUUGUAUGUGUAUAACAAUAUCAAUACAGGGUUUAUA